UUUGAAGCGGGAGUGGGGCGCAUUAUCAAAACAAUCGCAAGGUUAUCGGCCGUCAUCGGUUGCUAGUUUAAAAGACUGAAAUUAUAGUUAACUAUUGGAAUUGCAAAGUUCGAAAUGGAUAUAGAUACUGCAAGCGACAAUACGUCCUUGGAUGACAAGACCGAAGACUACGGCGACAAUCCCACGAGAGAUGCUCUCACCGAAGGGAUCAUGAGUUUGCUCAAACCCACCGUAGAUCAGCUGGACGAAAGGAUGCGAGCUACUAGAAUAAGUCAAAUUGAGCUGAGACAGCAGAUUGACUCAUUGCUAGAGGAACUUUUGAAAAUCAACGAAUCUCUCCAGUGUCCGAUAGAAUUGGACUCGUAUGUCACAAAAUUAGCUAAUGCGAAGAGAAAGGUUGUGGUUGUCAGUAACAUCCUUCAAAAAACUCAAGAGCGCCUGAAUAAAAUUCACGAAAGUGUGGAAAGAGAGACAAGUAAAAGGAAGGCCUUGUUGGACAGAAGUUCCAUGUAUCAUAGUUCAACAAUCAAGCCGGAAACAGGCGGUUCCCUAAAUGCCUCGAGUUAUCCCGAAACAUCUCGAUGAAAAGUUAUGAUGUGACUGUUGAUGAUUUGUAAAUAAUAUAAAUCUAGGUGAACUAACGCAUUGGAGGAUAAUUGUCAUCUCCUAUGCCUUGUAUAUGUAAAUAUAAAUGCACUAGAUUGUUUUACAUAA